CUCCUGAAGAAGGAAAUUUAUUUAGGAAAUGGAUUGCCUUUUUAAGGAAUGAAUAACUCACAAGCAAUAAGGUUCUGGUUUAAAGCCCGAAACUCCUACCCAUCUGGUAUUUGUCCUAUUCGAGAUGGUCUUUCUAUUCUGCAAUGUUAUGUGUAGGCCCUAACACAGUUUCGGGUGAGAGGUUCGAUGGCCAGCUGGAGGUGCCCGGUAUGUUAUCGUGAGCGCCUCUCAUCAAAGUGGCGAUACGCGGUCCUGCAUUGUGGUCACCAAUACUGUGAAGAGUGUCUAGCGGAAAUUGUCUGGCGACAACAGAGCGUUCGAAGGCCGGCAUGCCCAAUAUGUCGCCAGCCCAUGCUUCAUUGCGGUCCAGUGUCCGACACCCCAGAUGGUGGGCCUAGAGAUGAAGCCAACGCAGCACCUUUACUUGCGACACCACGCUGUGCAACCGGGGCAUUGCCAUCGAACCAUGGACCGCACGGAGGACUUCCCGCCCCUGCCUACGAUGUACUGCCCUUGCAGAUUGGCAGAGUCCGAUUUGAGGUGUGUAAGGAAAAUUUCGGGGAGGGCCCCGAAAGCAGCAACAGCAGCGGAAACGAGCACACAAACCCAGGAGAGCCGCAUCCGGGACACCAUAUGUAAGCUGUUUAAGCUGGAUCCAUCCAGGCCCCGCCCACCAACUUCAGCCGACCCGUGUCCCUGGGUGGUGGUGUGUUCGUGUGCGGUGACCACCGAGACAGCGCCACGCUGGAGGGCGCCCUCAGUCGGACAAAUUGCGAAAAUGGAAGGUUUGCUAGCAGGCGAGCUUAGCCCAGUCAACCGGGUGGGCUUCAACCUGCCUGACGACGUGUUCCGCUGCUUCGGCUGCACACAGCCCGCUUGCCAGGGCCCGGAAGGCUGUGCCGCCAACAAGUGGCGCUUCGGGCCGGACGGCUACCUUCGGGAGAUCCUGACGGCACGAGUGUACGAUGUCGCGAUCCAGUCCCCCCUGGAGAAGGCGCAAAAGCUGAGUGAGGCGGUUGGCAACACCGUUCUACUCAAGAGGGAGGACCUGCAGCCCGUGUUCUCGUUUAAAUUGAGGGGCGCCUACAACAAGAUGGCCAAGUUGCCUCCGGAGGCCAGGGCCCGGGGGGUCAUCACCAGCUCGGCGGGAAACCACGCACAAGGGGUGGCACUGGCGGCGUCGAAAAUGGGCUGCACCUCCAUCAUCUGCAUGCCGGUCAACACACCGGAGAUCAAGGUGGCCAAUGUCCGCAAGCUGGGCGGUCAGGUGGUGCUGGUGGGGGAGAGUUAUCAGGAGGCGCAGGCGGCGGCGGUGGCGCGGGCGGCGGCUGAGGGACUCACCUUCAUUCCGCCGUACGACGAUCCGUACACGAUUGCCGGACAGGGCACCAUUGGAGAUGAGAUCAUGCAGCAGACACACAGACAGGCACACACUGCUGAGGAGUAUGUUGCAAAGAACCCGGAUGGGCUCCUGCACCGUAUUGCCAAGGUGGGCGACUGUGUUUUGCCUGAUGAGAGUGAUGAUGAGGGCAGUGUGGGCAGUGAAAUUGCUGAGGCCUACUACCCUUCUGAUAACGAGGAGGUCGAGAAUGUGGCAAGUGAUGAGGUGUACCCGUCUGAGGAGACGGAUGAUGAUGUGGCAGGCUGUUGCCUCCUGUGCUUUGUGCUGUCCGGAAAGCCUGUGAUGAUGUGA